AUGAGCGGAGAACGCAAAGGCAGCACGCCAGGACCAAUUGCAGACAAUUACCAACUCGAACCCAUCAACUCUUACCCCGCAGCUCAGUUUACUAUCCCACCAGCCGACACUCUCUCAAGAUGCCGCAGUGCCCGAACUCGCUCUGUCGAUGCCCCGGCACGGGAGAAGUCGAAGCAGAAUGAGGGACAUGCUGCCGCCUCUUCAGAUGAAGACAAUCAAUCCGUAGCCUCUUCAGAUGAGGUCACCUACCCCGAGGGUGGUUGGGAAGCAUGGCUUUGCAUCCUCGGAUCCUUCAUGGGCCUCGUUGCAGCGCUGGGUAUGAUGAACACUGUCGGUGUCUACCACAGCUACCUCGCCGAACAUCAGCUUCGAGGUUACAGCGAGAGCACCAUUAGUUGGAUCUUCUCCAUGUACAUCUUCCUCGCCUUCUUCUGUGGACUGCAGAUCGGACCCAUCUUCGACGCGCACGGCCCGAAGCUGCUGGUGCUCGCUGGAAGCAUCUUAUUAUGCCUUUCCAACUUCCUCCUCGGAAUCUGCACGCAGUACUGGCACUUCUUCCUCGUCUUCGGAGUGCUUGGAGGCCUCGGCACAAGCUUGAUCUUCACGCCUGCAUUCGCGGCUGCCAGUCAUUUCUUCCUCGUGAAACGAGGUAACGCAACUGGUAUCGCUGCUGCUGGAGGAUCGCUUGGAGGUGUCAUUUUCCCCCUCGCGCUGCAACAGUUGCUUCCCAAAGUCGGCUUCGCGUGGGCCACACGCAUCAUCGCCUUCAUCGACGUGUUUUGCUGCAUCAUCGCUUGCAUUUUCAUCAAGUCGCGACUGCCUACCAAACCCGGACAGUCUGUUCUACCGGAUUUUCGCAUCUUCCGCGACAAAUCGUACGCACUGCUUACCCUCGCCAUAUUCCUGAUGGAGUGGGCGCUCUUCGUCCCCAUCACGUACCUCACGACUUUCGCAUCCUCAAGCGGAGCAAUGUCACCAGCGUUCUCAUACCAGCUUCUCGCCAUCUUCAACGCCGGUAGCUGCUUGGGCCGCUGGGUUCCAGGCCUGUUGGCGGACAGAGUGGGCCGCUUCAACUGCAUGAUUGCCGCGCUUGCCAUCUGCGCAGCAACGUCGCUGACCUUCUGGCUUCCUGCCGCGCUCCUCACACCCGCCACAUCCGACACUGCGACGACCAUCAAAGCGCUGUCAAUUGUGUAUGCCAUUAUCUUCGGCUUUGCGUCCGGAUCCAAUAUCUCCUUGACCCCCGUGUGUGUCGGACAGCUCUGCGAUACGAGCCAGUACGGACGUUACUACGCCACGUGCUACACUAUCGUGUCGUUCAGUACGCUCACAGGUAUUCCAAUCGCUGGUAGCAUUCUGGGGCAAACUCCUGGCGGCGCGUACUGGGGCGUAGUUAUCUGGACGAUUAUAUGCUACGUCAUCUCGUCGGUGUGCUUUAUAUGGAGUCGCGGUAUGCACGUUGGGUGGAAUUUGGGUGCGAAAUUCUAG